AUGUCCUCAAUUGCCAUAUUUGCUGCCAAAUUAAUCGCGAAAAGAGCCCUUGGGGCCAUCAGCGGCGACCCCGAUAUGGAGGAUGAUCUCCCAGACAUCGCACCCCCAGACGACGACCAUUUGGACGAUAGUAAUCCCGUGGUGGAGGAAAUGUUCUCCUCGUGGGCCUUGUUCAUCCUCCUUUUCCUAUUGUGCCUGGCGCUCUGGUCCUCAUAUUUCUUGCAACAGCGUCGAAUAAAGGCCAUCCACGAAACGGUGCUCUCCAUCUUCUACGGGAUGAUCGUCGGGCUCAUCAUCCGGGCCCUGCCGGGCCACUACAUCCAAGACGCCGUUAAGUUCAACUCGUCGUAUUUCUUCAACAUCUUGCUUCCUCCGAUCAUCUUGAACUCCGGUUAUGAGUUACAUCAGGCCAAUUUCUUCCAUAAUUUGGGCUCAAUCUUGACCUUUGCCAUCCCAGGGACCUUCAUCCUGUCGCUAGUCUUGGGGAUCAUCUUGUAUAUCUGGACAAAAUUGGGUCUUGAUGGCAUUAAUUUGGAGUUUGUCGAUGCACUUGCCGUUGGUGCCACGCUUUCCGCAACCGACCCAGUCACCAUUCUUUCCAUCUUCAACGCCUACAAGGUGGACCCCAAGCUCUACACCAUCAUCUUUGGUGAAUCCUUGUUGAAUGAUGCCAUUUCCAUUGUUAUGUUUGAAACUUGUCAGAAAUUCCAUGGCCAAACGCUUCAUUUUUCAUCCCUUUUCGAAGGUAUUGGACUCUUCUUAAUGACAUUCACCAUCUCCACUUUCAUCGGGAUUCUCAUUGGGUUCCUUGUAGCUCUCCUCCUCAAACAUUCUCACAUCAGAAGAUACCCUCAGAUUGAAACUUGUCUUGUCUUGUUGUUUGCCUACGAGUCCUAUUUCUUCUCCAAUGGUGCCCACAUGUCCGGGAUUGUAUCUCUCUUGUUCUGUGGGAUCACCUUGAAACAUUACGCAUACUAUAACAUGUCCAGAAGAACUCAAAUCGCCACCAAGUACAUUUUCCAAUUGUUGGCCCAAUUGCUGGAAAAUUUCAUCUUUAUUUACUUGGGACUUUCCCUUUUCACCGAGGUGGAAUUGGUAUUCAAGCCCUUGUUGAUCAUUGUCACUUUUAUCCUGAUUUGUAUUGCCAGAUGGCUGGCAGUCUUCCCACUCUCUAGGGUGUUGAACUUUUUGUAUGCGUCGAGAUACAAGGAAUUGAUCCAUAGAUCUGGAGCUAAUGGAGGCAUUGCCUCUCUGCCAGCAUCCAUGGGUGCUGAAGAAAUCUCACAUCUGUAUCAAAUGAUGAUCUUUUGGGCUGGAUUAAGAGGAGCCGUCGGUGUUGCUCUUGCCAUGGGGAUCCAGGGCCAGGCCAAAUGGACAUUACUUGCCACGGUCUUGGUGGUGGUUGUCUUAACCGUCAUUCUCUUUGGAGGUACCACGGCGUCCAUGUUGGAAAUCUUGGGCAUUAAAAUCGGUUGUGUAGAUGAAAAUGAUGAAUCUGACGAUGAAUUUGAAAUUGAAGCACCAAGAUUAUCAUCCUCCUUACCAUCUGUAUCCCUUGGUGGAAGAAGAAAUAACCAAUUCACCGCCCCUGUCGGUUUGGGUAAGUCAUUCAAGACUCUCAACAAGGAUGCGGUACGUCUGCGUAAUGACUCAAACGUAAGUCUUGGAUCUUUUAGACAUCCAUCUCCACACCAUAACGGCUUGGGAUCGAUGAACAGUUCGACUGCCGAUUUGAUGGAUGAUGACAACGGCAGCGAUAUGGACGAUUUUGGAGUACAACGCUCAUCCACGUCCCCAGAAGAUUCCAAUUCUGGAGGUCUUCUCAACGCCUUCCUUGGUGCUGAUGAGCAUUCUAAAUGGUUCACCAGGUUCGAUGAACAAGUGUUGAAACCGGUGUUGUUAGAUAGCUUGCCCAGCGAGAAUAGCAGAAGAGGUGGCAAUCAAGGUGGACCAGAGAAUCCAAACCACGACUAA